AUGACUUCUCCAUUCACCACCCCUCCUCCUCAAUCCUCAAUAUAUCUCCUGUCGUACCCAACACCAGGUGUGCUUCUGGUCACCAUUAACCGUGCCAGGCACAUGAACGCGAUCCAUUACCAGGGACACUGGGAUUUCCACGCGCUCUGGACAUGGUUCGACGACGAACACACUUUGCAAGUCGGCAUCGUGACCGGUGCCGGCGACAAGGCGUUCUGCGCCGGGCAGGAUCUGCUCGAGAUCGAGACCGAGAGGAAUGAUGAGGGCAAAAUCCUGCCAGCGCAGCAGCAACCGCCCACCCUGAGAGUCCACCCUCCGUCCGGGUUUGCCGGCCUGAGCCAGCGAAAGGGGAGAAAGCCCGUAAUCGCGGCCGUGAACGGGUUCGCGUUCGGGGGUGGUUUCGAGAUAUGUCUGAAUUGCGAUUUGGUAAUUGCCUCCCCGAAAGCACAAUUUGCUCUACCAGAGGCAAAACGGGGCAUAUAUGCGGCCGCAGGCGGCCUGCCUCGCAUUACACAUAUUGCCGGGCUGCAAGUUGCGUCAGAGAUCGCACUGACCGGCAGAGCCAUAUCUGCCGAGGAGGCUAGGGCGUGGCACCUGGUGAAUCGGAUUUCGAAAACGCACGAGUCGCUGAUGGGAGAGGCGCUCGCGUUGGCGAGGGAGAUUUCACAGCUGAGUCCGGAUGCGGUGAUCGUCACUCGGGCUGGGCUGAGAGAGGCGUGGGAGGUUGGCGAUGUGUCGAAGGCCGUCCGCAACACGUCCGAGAGAUAUUCGAGGAAUCUGUUCGAGGGUCAGAAUUUGCGUGAAGGGCUUGCUGCUUUCCGAGAGAAGAGACAGCCUCGCUGGGUCAUACCAAAUCUAUGA